AUGUUUAAUCCCCAGUCUUCAAGCUUCAUAGGAGGUUUAGCUUUAAUCAGUGAUGCAUCUGAAGCUAUCAUGGCAAGUCAGUCUACAGACUUGUCAUUGAUGGUAGAGAGCGGCUUCGACUAUCUUCGACAGUUUGAACGGCUAAAUGGAGCCAAUUUGACGACUUUUGAUCCUUCUGGACAAGGCGAUUCGCCGGUUUACCGAAUGCUGGGUCCGACGAACUUCCACUCUCCCUCAGAGGCUUUAAUGAGGGAUUUUUCAAUGUACGGCACCUCGGUCAUGCCGGCGAUCUUGUAUGACCCAGCGGUGGCGAUGAAUGUGAACCUAGAAGCUGCUGGUUUCAAUCAUGAAUAUGAUGUUUAUGGAGGGCAGCUUGAGAACUGUGAGAUUGAGUGCAGGAAGCAGAAGGAGAUGAUGAUGAGAGGUUUGGAAGAAUAUGGAACUCAGAAGAAUGAAAAGCAAAGAAGAGAGAGGUUGGGAAAGAAGUUUGAGCUGCUCAAGUCCCUCAUUCCAAACCCAACAAAGCCUGAUAGAGCCACCAUCGUCGCAGACACGAUUGAUCACAUUAAAGAACUACUGAGAACUGUAGAUGAGCUGAAAAUACUCGUCGGAAAGAAACGAAGCAAGAAUGCGAGAAGCAUUAAACUCGAAAUACAGAACGACGUUCAUUGCGAUAUGGAAAGCUCUUCGAUAAAAUCCAACAUAGAUGAAAGUGACCACGGACUAAAUGGAAGCAUGAGGAGCUCAUGGAUUCAAAGGAGAUCAAAAUCAACAUUUAUUGACGUUAGGAUUAUCGAAGAUGAGGUCUACAUCAAGCUGGAACAGCGUAAGCGUGUUGACUGCUUCUUAAUCGUGUCUCGGGUUCUUGAUGAAUUACAACUUGAACUGCUGCACUUGUCUUGUGGAAACGUAGGAGAUAACCAUAUCUUCAUGAUCAGCACUAAGACCAAUUAUGAAGGCUCCCCGGUAUAUGCGACUUCAGUGGCUAGGAGAUUUAUUGAAGCUAUGGGUGGUUAG